AAGUUGCGUGUUUUUGCCACUAGAGGUUGUAAGAGAGACGGAGAAAAAUCUUUGUUUUCAAGCGGUCGAACUGCUGCAGGGAGGAUUGCCUCUGGACCCCCUGGGUCUCUUUGGUGCGAGUACUACAACAUCCCUGUACAUACACCCUGCAUUUGAGACGGGCUACUCGACCUUUAGUUCUGGAAAUCAGACCUUAAAGCUAAAUGAUCCCAGAAAGGCAUAACCACAAAUAGCUCUGAUGUAGCAAUAAAUUGAACUUUGACCAAAUUACAGUUUUCCUCCUAUUUUCCACAGUUCUGGAGGCCCAGGGACUGCAUAUGCACCCCAGUAACACGAGAGCUGAUCAUCAACAGAUCUCACUGGUGAUGGCACUUCACUUUGAGCACUGCAUGGAGAGAAGAAUCAUUCCCUCUGGCAAUAUAGCUAUUCCUGGACUGAAAUACAGCAAGAGCAGUGUGCAACUAUUUAGGAAGCAGAAGCCUCUGUCUGGUGGGAUUUAACUGACUACUAGGGAGAUAAAAUCUAGUUCCUUGAGCUAAAAAAAACCACACUGAUUUCUGUGGUACAUGAGAAAAUUUAACUUUUCCUUUUUUAUAUAGUUUUGCUUUGUUUUGUCUGCCGCAAAAUACACACACAUACAGUAUGCCUUCUCUUCUUCAUGUUGAACAUAGGUCUCUGUUUUUACUCAUGCAGCAUGUACUCCAGCUCCUGGCCAGCCUCGUGCCCCUAUAGUGGACUCACUCUGAUCUUUCCUUUACCAGCAAGACCAGAACUUGGCACAGAGCUCCCAGAGAUGAUCUUGCAAGUACCAAAGAGAGUGAAGCAUCCCCUACCCCAGCCUGCUGGCUAGCGUGCUUGCUAUAUAGCCCUAUACGCAGCUGACCUUUGCCAUGAGGUCCCCCCGUGUUGAUGCUGAUUCAUCUGAGGACCUCAAACCAGUCUCUAAAGAGCAGCUUUCUUCAAUAGGUGGCACCAAUGUACGAGAGAGCGUCAGUGCCAAGGUGGAAGCUAGCGGAGGAGACACUCGUGUUGCUUUACGCGAAACUGCAGCAAGGCAAGGAGGAGCAGACAGCCAUGUGGCAGGAGGUCCUUCCCAACGCCUGGGAGAGCAUCUUGUCCCGCAUCAGGUCUUUUCAGUAUUCUCAGAAGAAUGCAGUCCUGGUCCCUGUGGCUGCUGUGGGUGUUGGAGGGAUGCUGGUUUGCUGGCUGAUGUCUAGACGCAAGAUCAAGAGUAUUGAAAUGGGUGAUGGAUGGUGGGGCUCAGGCGAAAAACCCCUAAAAGUGAAAGAAGAUGAAAGCAUCCGCCCCUUCAAGAUUGAAACAUCUGAUGAAGAAAUUGAGGACCUGCACCGCCGCCUCGACCAGGCUCGCUAUGCGCCUCCACUGGAAGGGGCAGCCUUCAACUAUGGCUUCAACUCUGACUACCUGCAGAAGGUGGUGGCCUACUGGAGGAACAAGUUUGACUGGCGCAAGCAAGUGGAAAUCCUGAACAAGUACCCUCAUUUCCGUACCACCAUCGAAGGGAUUGAUAUUCAUUUUAUCCAUGUGAAGCCCUCCUACGUCCCUCAUGGAAAAGCUGUUCAGCCUAUCCUGAUGGUCCAUGGCUGGCCUGGUUCUUUCUAUGAGUUCUACAAGAUCAUCCCUCUACUCACGGAUCCAACCAAGCAUGGCCUGGACAGUGGUGAUGUGGUGUUUGAGGUCAUCUGCCCAUCCAUACCAGGCUAUGGCUUCUCAGAGGCACCACACCAGCAAGGUUUUGACACCCUUGCAACUGCUCGGAUAUUUCACAAGCUGAUGAAGAGACUGGGCUUCAAGGAAUACUAUGUACAGGGAGGAGACUGGGGAUCUCGUGUUACCACAAAUAUGUCCCAGAUGCUGCCACAGUCUGUGAAAGGGCUUCAUCUGAAUCUCGUCUUCAUUAGCAUACGAGGCUUGAAAAAGAUGAUUCAAGUGAUGCUUGGGACUUACGUUCCAUGGCUUGUAGGCUUCACCAGGGAAGAUGUUCAACGGAUGUACCCUUUCAUGCAGAAGAACGUAUUUGACAUUCUGCGAGAAUCUGGAUACUUACACAUCCAAGCCACCAAACCAGACACUGCAGGUUGUGGACUGAAUGACUCCCCUGUGGGGCUUGCUGCAUAUAUUUUGGAGAAAUUCUCUACAUGGACAGAUAAAUCAUUCCUGAGUAAAGAUGACGGAGGCUUGGAAAGCAAGUAUUCUCUCGAUGAUCUUUUGACCAAUGUGAUGAUUUACUGGGUGACAGCAUCUAUUGUGCCCUCAAUGCGAUAUUACAAGGAGAACUUUGCCCGGGACCCUGGCCUUAUUGCUGACUCCAGGGUUGGAGUAUAUGUUCCGACAGCCAUUGCAGCUUUUCCCCAGGAGAUAGCACAUACACCACAGGUCUGGGCAAAGAAUACCUUCAAGAACAUUGUCCGUUACUCUUACAUGCCACGUGGAGGGCAUUUUGCUGCCUUUGAGGAACCAAAGCUGCUGGCACAAGACAUCUUCUACUUUGUGAGAAAGGUGGAGCAGCUGUGAACCCACAGUUUAGAUACACAUAUAGAAUGGAAGCAAGUUGUUCUACCAUCCACAGAAGCCUUCUUUAAGAGAUUAGAUAAACUCAAUACAAUCACAACACAGAAGCCAGCAUUUUAUUUUGAUAAUAAUGAUUAUAACUAAUAAACUUGUUCAAACUCUAAAGCUCUUUAUAUGAAAAAAAAAAAAAGCAUCUUGUCUUUUAUUCCUGGCACCAUAUCAUUGCUGCAUUCAUAAUUCAAGUAUAAUGGAAUAUGUAAACCACUUAAUGCAGUAACAUUGCACUCAUCUGGAGGAGAUAGCAGAAAGGAAGUGGCCCCUUGUUCCUCAGAACUACAGCUUCUGUUCAAAAGCUUCUUUAAAUACUGAAAUGCUAGCAUUCUUAAAUACAUGCUUUCAAGCAGCUUUGGUGGAAAUGUAAAGGGCUUAGAUGUCCUGAGAAUAUCAAACUCCUAUUGAAUAGUUUGAGUUGUAUUUCAUUUGAGAGACCAAUGCUUACAUUCUCAAAUGAGCAGCUGCACAUAAGGCAGCUCUCUUUAUUCUAGCAGUUCUUUCCUAUAGCUAGUUUUAGCAGUUACUAGCUGUCAAUGAAUAGCAAGGCAAAAACAGCACCUGUAGUGUUCUCUAAGCUUAAAAAAAAAAGAUUUUCCUUCCAGUUUUACAAUCUUACUCACUGCUAAAAUGUCAGAAAAGCUUAAAAUAUGCACUGAGUACAGAGGGUUAAUUCACCUUUUAACAACCUCCUUUCAAAAGAUUUUUAUCACCCCAUCAAGCAGCUUCUGUUAGCAUGUAGUAAGCAACCUUACUACCAACAGCCUAGAGAUUCCCUUCUCGUGGAUGGAGCUAUUUAACUCAUUACACGAUAGACACAUAUCCAGAUAAUUCAAGACAACUCCAGCAGAUAUCUAGUUCUGGCACUUGUUUCUCCUCCCCGUCCCAAAAGCAAGCAAGAUAUUUUUAUUUUCUGUUAAGUAAGAAUAAGCUAUCA